GGCUGAUUCGGUGCUGAACAAACAUUACUUAUAAUUAUUAAUGCUGAAAAUGAUUAAGAUUUUUGUGGAAACCUAUGUUUUUUGUUUUGAAUAGAAACUUAACUAAUUUAAUUUCUUUGAAACAGAAAGCUUUUACUGUCGCUUUAAUUUCAUUGAAUGCAGUCUUAAACGAUAAAAGCAUCCUUUUUCGGAAAAACCUUCAAAAUACAAUUAUUAACAGAACAGAUUUCAAUCAAACUACAUAUACAUCGUGUCACUGGUGUUAAUUUGGGAAGAACCAUGGAUUUGCAUUCUUGCAUGAGUAGUAUAAUAUCUUAUGAGAUUUUCGAGAUUUAUCUAUAGCUAAAUAAAGCAUCAGCUGUAAAAGACUAAUAUGAAGUCCAUAUUAAUACACAGACCAAUGAUGCUCCGUGUUUGUGCUUGUUUUCAUUCAAACUUGUGCGCGUUGUGCUCAGACACCUGUUGUUAGCAGCAGUUACAGGCAGUUAACCUCAAGAUGAGCCAGUCAACCUUCACAAACACUGAACCUCUGCCACUGUCACUAAGCCAUUUGCUUUAAUAUCUCAAAUAAAAGUUAGCAGCACCACACAGCUCUCAGUUUUCGGAGUGCAUUGACCAAAGUUCACUGUGUAAAAUAUGUCUCUACAGCCUCUGACUGCUGUGAACUGUGCUGGCCUUGUGCAACCAGGCUCCUCUUUAUUAGAGCUGGAGGGUGACAUUUACCUCUUUGGCCAAAAGGGCUGGCCAAAACGUUCAUGUCCAACUGGCAUAUUUGGUGUGCGCAUAAAAAAUGGAGAACUUAAGCUGCGUGCCAUUUCAUUUUCAAACAACUCUUGUUAUCUCCCUCCUCUCCGAUGUCCAGCGAUAGCUCGUUAUGAGCCCCACAGUGGCAGUCCUGAGUGUUACCUCAUUCACGGUGGCCGAACACCCAACAACGAGCUGUCCUCGAGUCUCUACAUGUUAAGUGUAGACAGCAGAGGAUGUAAUCGCAAAGUCACAUUGUGCUGUCAAGAAAAAGAGCUGGCUGGAGAUGUCCCUAGCGCUCGAUACGGCCACACUCUCAGUGUGAUCCAUAGCCGAGGGAAGACCGCCUGCGUUUUGUUUGGCGGCAGGUCCUACAUGCCCCCCACCGAAAGGACCACGCAAAACUGGAACAGUGUGGUGGACUGUCCACCACAAGUCUUUCUUAUCGGCCUAGAGUUUGGCUGCUGUACGGCCCACACCCUCCCAGAGCUCUCGGAUGGCCAGUCGUUUCACGUAGCUCUUGCGAGAGAGGACUGUGUCUACUUCUUAGGCGGUCACAUCCUCAACACUGAUUGCAGACCACCUCGUUUGAUUCGUCUACAUGUGGAGCUUCUACUAGGAAGCCCUGUCCUCACCUGCACUGUUCUGAAUGAAGGUCUCGCUUUGACCAGUGCCAUAGUUGCUCCUGUUGGCUAUCAUGAGUAUAUAGUUUUGGGCGGCUACCAAUCUGAGACUCAGAAGCGCAUGGAUUGCACAUACAUUGGCCUGGACGAUGUCGGAGUCCACAUGGAGCCUCGUGAACCUCCUCAGUGGACCAGCGAGGUAACCCACAGCCGUACUUGGUUCGGUGGCAGCCUGGGCAAAGGAAGUGCUUUAAUUGCAAUACCCUCAGAAGGAAACCCAGCCCCACCAGAUGCUUACCAUUUCUAUCAAGUGGGCUUCCAGAAGGAACAAGAUGUAGAAGCAUCAACACAGGGAUGCAGCCAGGAGUCCACUGAUUUUGAAGACUCUGCACCUUUGGAAGACUCUGAGGAGCUCUACUUUGGCAGAGAACCUCAUGAGCUGGAAUGUAGCAGUGAUGGGGAGGGUGACACCUACAAUGAGGAAGACGAGGAGGAUGAAUCUCAGACAGGCUAUUGGAUCAAGUGCUGCCUCACCUGCCAGGUGGACCCCAACAUCUGGGAGCCUUACUAUUCUACUGAGCUCACAAGACCUGCCAUGAUUUUCUGCUCCAGAGGUGAAGGUGGACACUGGGUCCAUGCCCAGUGCAUGGAGCUUCCCGAAAGCCUUUUGCUUCGCCUCUCUCAAGACAACAGCAAGUACUUCUGCUUGGAUCAUGGAGGCCCGCCCAAGCAGGAGAUGACUCCACCACGCCAGAUGAUGCCAGUGAAGAAAGUCCCAAUGAAAAUAGCCCAUCGCAAGGCUCCAGUUUCAAUGAAAAUGACCCCUGCUAAGAAGAGCUUUCUGCGACGACUUUUUGACUGAAGUGUCGUUGUUCUGAUGUAUAUUGUGGCUAUGUGUUUGAAUGGAUUUAUAUAUACAGAAAAUUGAAAAGUGAAGGGAAAAAUUGUAUUGUACUAUUGUAGUAUUAAGAAACUAAAAGCAUUUUUAUAAGUCUAAGUUUGUUAUUGCUAAACUGAUGAUUUAUUUCCUCUUUAAAAUAUAAGGGAAAGCUUGUAGUGUUUUUGUUUGUUUGUUUGUUUUUGCAUAAAGAGAAAACAUUUUAAGUACUUGUAUCUUGAAUAUUCUA